CAACUACUAAACUGUAAGAUUUGAGGUUUUCACAGCGGAGUUGCGACGGAAACUCUGUUAGCUCUGCACGUCUCAAUUCUUCUCUUUGGCCUCGUCAUGUGCUUGUACGGACUCCUGUUUGGGAUCAGCGAUGGUCACUCCAGCAGAAACGUGACGAUGACUGUUAUAGGCGUGGUCGGACUUCUGUUUGUAGCCCCUUUCUACUGUAUUUGCAGUCAGGCGGACUACAUUAUGACAACUGUCGAAACGAAAGUUCAGAAGGAGUUACAUCAUAUCACAACAUGGUGCAGAAGGCAGGACAUACAGCAGGAGGUAAACAACUUUCUAGGAACGAUAUCGAUGAAUCCUCCAGUGAUAUCAGUGCUGGGUUUUACAAAUAUAAACAGAAGAUUGUUCGCUUCGUUUGCGUCAGCAAUGCUUACGUACCUCAUUGUCUUGCUACAGAUGAAAAUGGGAGAGGCCGAAUCGGAUAAAACGUGAAUUUCAAUAGAGAAUCCUAACAAUAAACAUUGUAUUUGUAAAGGAAUUGGGAAAUUUUAUAUGCAUAUGUUGUUCUAACUGAAAUUUUGCUGUGUGAAUAUUAAUUUUUUGUGUCGAUUCUCCUUUUAGUGCUUGUCUGUAAUUCGCUUUAUUAAUGCUUUUAUGCACUUUAACAAAUUAGUGAAUGAAAUUAUUAUUAUUGUUAUUAUUAUUAUUUAGAGUCACAGAUUGAUGUCCGUAAUUAUUAAUCAUGCAGUGCAAUCUUAAUUGUGUAACCAAAGUACACUAUUAAAAAACAAGAAAAUAAAUUCCCUUCAUGGAAAUUGUUGACAGCAGCGCACGACUGAUGCUUAUCCUUAGCCAGACAAAUCAAAUUCACAUCCUCAUUUUAUGUCUGUUUUAAGAUUCGUGUUUUCAUUCUUUUUCCGUCUACGCGCAGCCGUAUGACAGUGAAGCUUUCACGUGUGCUAGUCAAGAUAUGUUAGUACGAAAUGUGCCUGUAGAGUACUCAGAGGCAGAAACAAGAGACGAUCAAUUCCGCAAUAUUCGGGCCUUCAGUUUGCUGUCAACGGUCUCCAGUUGCACAUGUUUGUGUGUGUAUGUCGAUUAGUUGCUGCUGUGUAAGUUGUCUCUUGUAAAAGUCUCUUGUAGUUGCUGCCAUGUUAUUGGGACUUAGAUUCAGAAUGUGAACAGCAAAUUUAAAAUGUGAAGUGUUCUGUUCGUAAAAUGUACUUGUUGAGUCCAUGUAAUAUACUAACUUAUUCAUUGUAUAUUUUAAAAAAAUAACAAAUUUAUGUUGUCAUGCGUGUAAGAUAUAUAUACAUUUGUGUGUAUCGAUCUGUUUCAUUAUAUUUAGUUGAAUUACAGGCUUUAAGAUGUGUGUUUAAUAUAAAAAGUUCAUAUUUGCUUCGUAAGGAAUUUUGUGUUGCGUAUAUAUUGUCUUGUCUAAAUUCUCUUUGA